ACCUUCUCCCCCGAGGGCCGCUUGUUUCAGGUAGAAUAUGCCAUCGAAGCGAUCAAAUUCGGUUCCACUGCCAUCGGAAUAUGUACACCGGAGGGUGUUGUGAUGGCCGUAGAGAAACGAAUCACCUCGUCACUGAUGGAACCGACGAAGGUUGAGAAAAUCGUAGAAGUAGAUCGUCACAUCGGCUGUGCUACCUCGGGCUUGAUGGCCGAUUCACGGACGCUAUUGGACCGCGCUCGGCUAGAGUGUCAGAAUCAUUGGUUUGUGUACAACGAACGGAUGUCGGUGGAGUCGUGUGCGCAGGCCGUUUCGAACUUGGCCAUUCAAUUUGGCGAUGGUGAUGAGGACUCUGCUAUGAGCCGACCGUUCGGUGUGGCCAUCCUAUUCGGUGGUAUCGAAAACGGAGAACCACAACUCUGGCAUAUGGACCCAUCCGGGACGUACAUUCGAUUCGAUGCGAAGGCGAUCGGUUCCGGAAGCGAAGGUGCCCAGCAGAAUUUACAGGAUUGUUAUAUGCCCACAAUGACCGUCAAGGAGGCAAUCAAUCUCGCACUCACCACACUGAAGCAAGUAAUGGAAGAGAAACUGAAUUCAACGAACGUGGAAGUUAUGACGAUGACUCCCGAUCAGGUGUUCCAAAUGUUUACCAAGGAAGAGCUUGAAGAAUAUUUGAAAGGCCAAGAACCUACAUCAACAAAAGAAGAGGCCAAGAAAACACAUUAACACAAUGACUUAAGUGGAACGCAAAUUGGAUUCGUCUUGCUGUGUCUUUCGCUUGCGCCUCUCUGUUGUACCAAUUCUUUGUCAUUAACUUGCAAAUUGUUCAGAUUAAAGGUUUGGCCGCGGAUCAAAACCGGUACGUGGUUUAAUGUUUUAUUGCGAGCAGAAGAAAUGUUUUCACAACUCAUUGAGUUCUACAGCAGGGCUGGAAGUUCGGCAUAACACAGAAGAACAAGUGACACAUGCGACAGUUUGGAAGAAUAAAAUUGGUACAAGAUGUGAA